AUGUCAUCAUGUUGUAAAUGGGGAAUAAUAAUGACAAUCCUAAUAUUGGCAGCUGGUCUUAUCAUAGGACUUGUCUUACUGUUUAAGUUAUCAAGGAAUCAAACGAAUGAUUCGUAUAUUGCCAACACCACUGAUUCUUCAUCAACAAGUCUACGCGGUACAUCAGUUACAACUAGCAUUGUAUCGGGAACAAACGCAACUACUACUGGCGGAAUGUCUUCUAUUAGUGAUACUACAAGUAGCACCGUAGGCUCAGUUUCUAUUACUACCAGCAAUAGCCUCUCAUCGUUGACUACAUCAUCAGACUCAACUACUAGUUUUGAAUCAACUACUAGCACGAUUACAACAUCAUUUACAACUGGUGAGUCGGAUGCUUAUUGUACGAUAUGA